GCCACUCCUGCGCAGUCUCAACUCGUAGUCGCGAACUGUCGGACGCGCGACACACGACACUCAAGUGUCGACAUUUAUUUCGAAAAAAGUGUUCGAAAGAACACAAGUGUGUGUUGUGGUCAUGGCUAACAGUUUUUGUGUGUUCCUAUGUGUUUGUUUGUGUGUUCAAACCGUGGUCUGUCAGUUUGGUUUCUUUCCACAACGGGAAAAUAGAAACAAUGGCUUCUUCGGCUUCAUGCAAGGACCCAACAGAAUAAGGGACACACUAUCAGGCUUCUUCAAUCCUAAUAGACCAAAUAGACCAGUAAUAAAUACUGAUGAUCAAGGAAAUAUAUACAACCCUGGAAACGGUAACCAGUAUGACUAUAACAAUGGACAGAAUGGAAGACCAGUUGUGUUCCCAAAUAACAACCCAGUUUAUAAUGAUAAUGUUAAUUUCCAAAAUCCUAACAAUGGAGACUUCCAGUUCCAACCGACUCCAGAUAAUGGGAAUUUCCAACAGUUUCCACCACCUCCUGAUGGUGGGCAGUUAACAAAUAAUGGGAAUGGAGAAACGAAUUUCAACCAGGAUCAGCCUGCUCAAGAUGGAGGAGCUAAUAAUGGAUACCAGAAUGAGAAUACCCAGGAUAACAAUGUGAAACCUAAUGAAGCAGAUAACGGAGUACCAGCAGAAAAUGACCCGGUGAACUUUGACGACACUCCAGCUGUGACCGAAGGCACCACAUUAGCUCCUCUAACACCAGUACCAGUCAACACAGAGUCUAGAAACAACUUCAACUUCCAACCAAACCAAGUAUUCGCGGAGAGCUGCCAGACAGUAGAGGGUGGACUCGGCAGCUGCAUCAGUGUGUACCAGUGCCAGCCGUACCUGAACGUGCUGCAGGAGUCCAGGACCAACCCCAACGCGGUGCAGCUGCUGAGGCGAGCACACUGCGGGUUUGAAGGAAAUGCUCCUAAGGUCUGCUGCCCCCGCCCCGGCAUACCCACGAACCCACCACCAGUCCCCACGGCCGCCACCACCACCACCACGACUCCAGCGCCCACGCCAGCUCCAACCCAGCCGACUGCAGCUCCGAAGACUUCUGGAGACUUCCUGCCGGCGCUGCCUGAUCCUCCCGAGUGCGGGCUCAGCAAUGCUUCCUUCAGCAGAGUCGUGGGAGGUGUUAAUGCUAAGCUGGGUGACUUCCCGUGGAUGGCACUCCUGGGCUAUAAGAGCAAGCGCACAGGCGGCACCAACUGGCUCUGCGGCGGCUCCCUCAUCAGCUCGCGACACGUGCUCACCGCCGCGCAUUGUAUCCAUAACCACGAGGAAGAUCUCUACGUAGUCCGUCUCGGCGAGCUGGACUUAGCCCGAGAGGAUGAAGGCGCGACUCCCGUGGACAUCUUGAUCAAACAGAAGAUGAAGCAUGAGCAGUACAGUUCCACAGCAUUCACUAAUGAUAUUGGCAUACUGCUGCUCGAACAUGAUGCUCCGUUUACUGACUUGAUCAGGCCGAUCUGCAUCCCCAAGGACAGUCAGCUGCGAGCAACCACCUUCGAGGACUACAACCCUAUGAUCGCUGGAUGGGGACAUACGGAAUUCCGAGGUGCAGCAGCCACCCACCUGCAGGUCCUGCAGCUGCCAGUGGUCAGCAACGAGUUCUGUUCGCAAGCGUACAGCGCGUACAAAGCGCAGAAGAUUGAUCAGCGCGUGCUGUGCGCGGGGUUCAAGAAGGGAGGGAAGGACGCGUGUCAGGGAGACAGUGGGGGACCGCUUAUGCAGCCUAUUUGGAGUCAAGACACCUACAAGACGUACUUCUACCAGAUCGGCGUGGUGUCGUACGGCAAGAAGUGUGCGGAGGCUGGCUUCCCCGGAGUCUACUCCAGGGUCACGCACUUCGUACCCUGGAUCGAGGAGAAGCUCCUAGGACAUUCCACUUCCACGUGACUGUGAUUUAGUUUCGUAAGAAUUUUGUAGGAAAAUCUUUUUGGUUUGACGAGGCUGCCUUUUGUUGAGUUUAUUUUGUUUUUUUACCGCCAUUUUUUUUUUGUGUCUUUAUAAACUUUGUGCAAUUAGAAUUUGCAGGUGGAUCUUUAUAUUUUGUAUCCAGAUGCACUUUUUUAUCACUGAUUGUAUUUAUUUUAUUUGUCUACCUAUCUAUAGUUUUGUGAUGACCUGUUUUUUACUUAGCCGUAUUUUAUAUACUAUCUUCGUUUUUCGAUCAGAGAAUAGCUAUAACUUCUUUAUUUUCGAAGAUUUCAUUUAUUUUCUGGGUGUAGAAUUAAACUCAAACCAAGGCAGCUUCGUCUAAAGUCACAAAAACAUUUUGAAGCCACAAAGUAAAUCUCAACAAGCUCUCACUUAGUUAUUAUAAAUUAUAAGACAUUUAAGUUAUAAUUUUACUUAUAAGUAUUGACAACUGUUAUAUUAAUAAUAUUGAUAGAUAUAAUAGUAUUGUAAGCGUAGUUCUUGUUUGUAAAAAGAUUUUUAUACUCUGAAGACGCAGCAAAGUGAUUUUAAUUUAAUAAAUGCUCACGUUUAA